AUGGAGGAGAGCCAAACAUCGGAAAGUGUCGCCGUGCUACCGGACAUGUCCGAACCGUUGACGAGCGAAACCGAGGAAGCGUCCGCCCUAACGACCGAACACGAGGCGCAUCCUGUGGCCGUCACGGCGAGCGUCACUUCUGUACCGGGUGUUCCGGGUGUUCCUGGAGUUGGUGUACCGGUUUCUUUGCCUGUUGGUUCUAUCAUCGGUGUGGCAAACUCUACCAAUGGGACGACCUUCAACGUCAUCACCUCAGAGCAAUUGCAGCUACCAGGUUCUGGACAAUUUAAGCAAAUGCUAUGCGUUGACAAUGGUUUCAUCUGUGAACCACGUCAUGACAAAGAUGCAGAUCCGUUAAGGUGGAAUGGAGAAUUGAAGGCAACUCAUAUAGUUAUUCAAAAUAGUACGGAUGAGGCUGAAUCUGAACAAAUACAUGUAUCUGCAGCUAAUUCGCAACCAAUAUGCAGUUGGUCAGAAUCUGCUAAUUUAGCAGUCUUGCCUGUUAGAUGUAAGAAUACAAAUGCAGAAUUGCAUAAAAGUAGAUUUGGAUCAGGAGGUAGAGGACGGUGCAUUAAAUUAGGACCAGACUGGUAUACACCAAGUGAAUUUGAGGCAUUUUGUGGAAGAGCAUCGAGUAAAGAUUGGAAAAGGAGCAUCAGAUUUGGUGGUAGAAGUUUACAAACACUUAUAGAUGAACAAAUUUUAAAGCCACAUGCGACAUCAUGCACCUGUGCUGCCUGUUGUGAUGAUGACAGUGCAACAGGUCCUGUACGAUUAUUUACACCAUAUAAACGUCGAAGAAGAGCCAGGGAUACCUCUGAUGGUGAAACUCCAUCUCGAAAACAUAAAAGUGAAAAUUCAAGGGAUGGUAGUAACAAUGAUGAAAGCGACAAUGAAGUAGUUGUUCCUGAUAAAGAAGUUUGGCCACAAUUUGUAUCUACAGAUGGUUUAGUGGUACAACAAUCUCAAGAUCAGGAUUCUGUAGUGCAGGGCGUGCAUCAAACAGAGAAUGGACAGAGUGAAGAUAUUUUUAAAAAAUUGGAUGAAAUAUCCAAUAAAAUGUUAAAGUUAGCUUAUGAAUUUAAACGUACGGUAGAUGAAGCAAAAGAGAUCAAUAGACAACAAAGAAGAGAACAAGCAUUAGUUGCACAAUUGGGUGGCAGAGGAGAUGUUAUUGAAACUGUUGGUCUGCAGCCUGCAUCUGAUACACAUAAUAAAAAAGUAACUGUGCCAAUUGCAAUCGAGAAGCAUUUGCUGAGUGUUCUUUAUGCAGACGUACGCCGUACUGUUCUACAUUUUGUCAACGUAAAGACUGGGCUGGUCAUCAAGUAGAAUGUGUGCGAGGUGCCGCUGAAACAGUUAUGCUUAUAGUAGAAAGCAGUAGUACAGAUACUAGUGCUCUUGCCACAACUACAGGGGACCAAUAGCUAGUGUUUCUUACACCCAUUCACCAAAGGAAUGUAGAAAAAGAACAGUCUACUAUAGAAACUUCACAAUUAAAAAAAGAGAUGAAGACUUGAGAUAUGAAGAUUCCUGGCUAAUGGAAGCCUAUAAAAUUUUGUAUAUAUUAUAGUGGCUAUUUUUUACAUAAGUUAAAGUCCAACUAUUUAAAGACUAUCAAUGAACAUGUAUAAAAGCAAGUUGUUUUUGAAGACCACACUCAUGCAUUAACAUAAUGUAUAUCUGUAUAAAUGUUUUGAUAGUACAUGUCACGUGUGGAAAACUCGAUCCCUUCAAGAAGGAAAGUUCGUUGUAUAUAUGUUAGUUACUAUAAUAAGUAUAAUGCUACAUUCUUAAAACUGUAUAUUUGGAAGGAACGUUAAAAUGAAAAAUGACCAAAGGAGAGGUAAUCUUUAAA